GGACAAAGGGCUGGGCUGUUUGAAGAAACCUACUGCAAAAAAAGCGGAAGACGACGGAGGUUAAGAGUGGCAAUCAAAGGUUAACUUUCGACAGAAAUGCAUCGAGGAUAUAGAGCAGCCUCGACUGAGGAGGAUGACAGCGAUCGUUCAUUUUCUCACUCGAGAUCACGCGUCAGUUAUCAAGGCAACAUGAUAUGUAGCGGAAAACUGUGCGCGAUAUUUUUAACGUUAUCCAUCGCGUUUGGAGCUGUGGUUCUCUUCAUUUUCUCGGCGUUUUUUCACGCCUCCGACAGCGAAAUUGAGUUUUACAAACGGGCGAUGGACUAUAUCACUGGAGAUCGCUUCGCUCGCUCGGAAAUGAAUGACGACGAGAAAUCAUUUCCUCAUAAGGAAAUUCUCCUUCCAAAAGAUCUAACUCCAGAGAGGUAUCAAGUUUACCUACAUCCGAAUUUAACGACCUUCGACUUUCACGGAGGAGUAAAAAUUGACAUCAUCUGCAAAAACCCGACUAGAAAUAUUCUCCUGCAUAUGAAGAAGUUAAACAUCACCAGUUAUGGAGUCCAGGACUCCAGUGGGAAUCAUCUUUCAGUGUUACGUGUCGCGCAUAGCAAGAAAUUGGAACAAUACUUGGUUCAGAUGAGGGAUGAGCUGCAAAAAGGGGAGAAAUACACUUUGAAGCUUGAUUUUAACGGUCUCCUGUCCAACACAAUGGCUGGAUUUUACAAAAGUUCAUACAAGACUAAGAGUGGAAAAAUGAGGUACGCAGCCGUGAUUUGACUUUCUUGGUUUUUAAACUUUACAAGUGUACUAGCUCAUUAAAAAGGUAAACUUCCAGUUUUUUGCAAAUCACUAAGUCCUUAAAAAAGCAAUAUUUAUUGGACGUUUGCACUUUAGGGUUCAUCUCAGACCCGUUAUAUUUAAUGUCAAAUCGUAUUUCCUUGGCAAAUGAGCCGUAAUAUUUCUCUCAAAGUAAAUAAUAUCUAAGACAAACAGAAAAACUUUGCUAGAUCUCAGCGAAAAUUCACGUUUCAAUCAACUUUAAUUUCUGACAAACAUACAAACAUACACUGCCCAGUAACUUUUUAAUCACCCUGGCAAUGACAAGAUAUAAACCGAAGAAGAAAAUUUACGGAGCCUCGCCUUUACUGAAGAGAAUUGCCUCCUGACAAAUCAACGGUCAUAAAUGGAAAAUCUGCUAACAAUUUGUUAAAUGAGUUUGUUUCACGUUGACCAUUAUUUUCUUAAGAGAUUCGUUUUGAGCUCUUUUAAAGAUUAAUCGCGAAACAUUUUGGCUUGAAAUCGUCAAAUUCACUAGGCAGGUCACACCAGCUACCCUAUUUAACCUUAACCGUGUUUUGUUGUUGAAACACGGACAGCCUGACUCAGUGCCGCGUAGCCCGCACUUAUUGUGCAAUGGUAAUAUUUGGUUCGACUAAAACAUUAUGAGCCACUGUCGAAUAUCAGUAUCUUUCUAAAGAUACGAAAUAAUAGUUAUAAGCUUUCAUAAACAGAGAUUUUUCUGUCGUCAAUUGGUCUUUGAUCUCUGUUGCAGGUUCAGGUGCAUAAAAGUCCCUUAUAUAUUCUGACCAGGAGCCAAUAACCCGAAGCGAGCAACUCCCAUUCGCUCGUGUCACGGCGUUUUCACGGACCAGUUUAUUUUUAGAAUGGUUUUGGCGCGAAUUUUGAAUAUCUUGCAAAUUCCACAAACCAGUCAGCAAAACCAACAGACCUAAAAAUGAUAUUUUUUGCCUUUUAAUAACGUUUCGUUUUCCUUUUUGAUAUCUUAUACUUCGAAUGCGCUCAUAAAAAAGACAUGGGGGAGAUUCUCUUUUAGAGCGAAAAAGUGACCUAAAAUGUGUCUAAAAACGCCAUGACAUAGGCCUAAUAUGGUAGUUUCUCGCUCUGGCUUAUGGGCUCCUGUUCUGACUCAUCUUUUUGGUUUCUCAAGGCAUAUGGCGACAACACAGUUCGAGGCCACUGAUGCUCGCGCCGCCUUUCCUUGUUUUGACGAACCUGAGUUCAAAUCUCAGUUUAUCGUAACCCUUGUGCACGAGAAGGAUUACAAAGCCCUUUCUAACAUGCCUGUUGCAAAUACUAUAUCACGCAAUGAUGGCUUCUUGGAGAGCCGCUUUAAAGAAACUGUUAAAAUGAGCACCUAUUUACUGGCUUUCAUUGUCUGCGAUUUUGCUUACAAAGAAUCUCAUACUAAAAGAGGAAACAAGGUAUGUAGAAAUUGUCAUUCUUUUUCUUUUUUUUCGACCUAAAGCGUCUACAAACGUCCACUAGAAAAAAAGAGAGUACCAAAUUUACUUGAUUAAACGCCGCUGUCAAAUAAGUGCCGCAGAUGGGAGCAAAACUACCACUAAACAACUCCCUCGAAUAAACGCCGCACUCAAUCAGAACAUUCGUAGCCUGUUCCAGGCGUUCAGAUAGUAGGGCGCGGGCGAACAAUUGACGAGGGAAAAAUAGAACGAGUCCUCCCUCGUUUUCCUUUUGCGCUCGCCGCGUACGAUUUAACUCGCUCCCCCGCAUCUGAAUGCCUGGAAUGGACUAGAGAAGGCGGCGAUAAUUCAAGGAUUGAUAAGAAAAAACAUCUUUCUUUUUUUCAUAAUAUUUACAAAUGCUUUGUUGUAAUUGUUAACAGUGAUAUCAGAGAUGUGAUUCUUUUUAACAUAUACGCCGUCCGUGAAUAAAGGCAGCCCUUGAAAAAAUGCAGCAUCGGAAACGCUAAAAACUUAAUAAACGCCGCGGUGCUUAAUCGAAUAAAUGCGGUAAGUAAUAAAUCGCUGUUUUCAUCUCUUUAUUUCUACCGCAGAUCCGAGUAUGGUCAAGAAAAGACGCUAUUGACAGUACAGCCCUGGCCCUGAGCGUGGCAGAAAAUGUUUUGAAUUAUUACGAAAAAUUCUUCAAUAUUCCAUACCCCCUGCCAAAGAUCGGUGAGAUGAAACUCUUUUUGCGUAGUGUUAUGGUGCUGAUGGUAAAGUAUUGUACUGGGUUGCACUAACAAAUCCAUGUAUAUCAUGAUAACGAACGCAAAACUUUGGGAUUCUUAUCUGAAGUGGUUUGGUUCUGGACUUGUUAUAAGACCCACGUUUAGAUAAAAAAAAACCAAAAACAACCAAAGAAACUUAAAAUAACCGAGGCAAAUUUGUUCUUAACAGAGAAGACCUAUAAAGAAGAAACCCCAUACAGCUUCUUUCAAAAGGGCGGGAAAGUUUGUUUUUUUGACUUCAUCAUAAUUUGCCCUCUACGUCUCGUUUCAAGGGGAGAGUUCUUUUGAAUUCUGAAGAUGCUAUUUAACAUUAACAUAUAUGUGUAAAAAAAACCCCUAAUUUUACCACCAUUUGGAAUAAGGUGUUUUACUCAAGUGUGAAUAAAAACGCGUCUAUUGAUUUUAAGGUAAAGGCUCAGCAAUCAAUACUUGAUCUAAUAUCACGAUUAAGACUAGCCGCAGACGAUACGCAGUCAUAAGAAUUGCUGGGAUAAAACUGGAGAGAGAAUUGCAAACACUGCAAGAGGACCGAAAAUAUAUAAACAUGAUUGUAAAUAGAACGAAAUGAAACCACUCGAUCGUUGAUUUUUUAGUAGUACAAAUUCGAUUUGAGUGCCCGGAGAAAUCAGGAAAUCGAUGAGAAUAGGCCAUGGCACCAUGGUGCUCUUUUACCACCAGAAUCCUUUACGGUUUUGCUGUCAUAUUAUUUGUAAUCCCAGCGCACUAGUUUGCACAAGAAAGGAAAACCCUGACGUAUUCUGGUCGUAGUAGUAAAAUGAAGUGAAAAUGGCCCAUUCUUAAGAAGUGGCGCCAAAGAAUAAAAAGAUUUUGUAUGUUCGCAGACCUUGUUGCUGUCCCUGAUUUUGCUGCUGGCGCCAUGGAAAACUGGGGCAUACUCACUUUCAGAGAGACGUACCUGCUGAGUGACCCGGCCGUAUCUAGUGCCGCUGACAAGCAGGGUGUUGCAAUCGUGGUCUCUCACGAGCUUGCGCAUCAGUGGUUUGGUAACCUGGUGACAAUGAAAUGGUGGAAUGAUUUGUGGCUAAACGAAGGCUUUGCUAAUUACGUUGAGUACAUGGGUACGGAUCAUUUCCGAAAAGACUGGAGAGUGGUAGGUAUCUUUGUUUGAAAGCCUUAAUUUUGGUUCGUUCCGUUCUUUUUCUAGAGCGAAGAGAAUGCAGCUUAUUUAAUCUGCAGGCCGAUGACAGGAUUUAUGUUUGGAUAAAAUUACGUACUUAUUUGAGUCUGCCUUGUGAGUUACUUAAUAGUAGUUGGUUAAUUAGUUAAUGAGUUACUGCUGAGCUCGAGUCACGAGGUAACCGACGACCUAACCUUCGUUAUCAUCAUCAUCAUCAUAAUCAUCAUCAUCAUCAUCAUCAUCAUCAUCAUCAUCAACAUUAUCAUCAUUCUCAUCAAAAUCAUCAUCAUCAUUCUCAUCGUUAUCAUGAUCUUUAUCGUCAUUACCAUUAACAACACCGAUCAUCAUCAUCAUUAACUAAAUCAUUAUCAUCAUCGUAAUCACCACCAUUAGCAUCAUCGUCAUCAUCGUUGUCCCACCCUGUGCUGCAUGGGAACCUCCAAUGAAAAAUUACCUCUACGGCCAAACGCAAUUAAUUUUUAACAACCAUUUUUCAAUCAUGUUAUCUUGCAGCUUGAGCAGUUUGUAGGGGACACAUUACAGAGUGCUCUGUCCUCUGACAGUAUGGAAAACACCCACCCCAUAUCAGUACCGGUCCACAACCCAUCACAGAUUACCGAGAUUUUCGACAGCAUCUCGUAUGACAAGGUAAGAGGGACAUGAUAUGGGUAUGAGUAUGUUAUUAAAUUAAGAUUAAACUGGUGUUACUGGUCGGGUCGCAGGGGCGGAUCUAGGGGGAGGGUGCAGGGGGUGUGCACCCCCCCCUGAGAUGACCUGGGGUUUUCUAAUACAACUGGAAUUCUGGAAAAAAAAAACACUAUGUGGUUUAUUGGUGUUGAAGUAGAGCAAGAGACGAGUGCACCCUCUCCUAAAAAAAAUCCUGGAUCCGCCCCUGGGUCGUUCAUAGUUAUAAAAAUCAGCACAUCCGUGAUUCGAAAUAAAAAGACAAUUUCCCUUUAUAUUACGACAGGUUUAAGGACUAGUUAAUGAAAAUUGUCCAGUCAGUCACUAUAUCGAUUUUGUCUUAUUAUCUUUGUCUUUUUCACUUUCUACAGGGUUCUUCAGUAAUCCGCAUGCUUCGUAGUUUCAUUGGAGAUAAAAGGUUUCAAAAGGGAUUAGAGGUAUGCCACUUACUGAUAACCAGUAUGACGGAUCUGUUAACUUAUCACCCAGGCACAUCAAUUUUGAAUUCUUAAUUUUCACUUUUCCGUGCUUUUUGUGUUUCAUUAUCAGCUCUAUUUGAAUACUUACAAGUACGCGAACGCGGAGGCCGAUGAUUUGUGGAAGGCUUUGAGCAGUGUAAGUUCAUAGUUAUAGUUACAGUUUGUAGUUUAAAUUUUUUGUCUUCUGUAAGUGCGAAAUUUCUUUUUCCGAAGAGAACGUUUUAUUGAGGAAGUAUUUCAAAGUAUUUUGAAACACGAAUUAUACGUUCCUCUCAAGAAUGUCCAAAAAAUGGUUUCAUUGGUUUCAAAUAGUUCAUAUCAGCCAUUUAAAUUGCUCUCUAACGUGAUGAAAAAAUAUUAGCCUUCAAUCUUUAUUGUUCCCACAAAUUCUUAGGGGCACCUUCCACUUGACUGAAGAAAGAAAUGGAGCUACAUCACACUCAUGUAUGUGACGUCUCUUUCAGGACCUCUUUCAUCUUUGCUCUCGAGAAAUAUAUAGAGGUCCUAAGAACGAGGCUGUCCAUGCUCAAAUUGAGGUUGGCUCCUCCUAAAAUAUUCUACAACUGGUACAGGAUUUAAUGGAGCUGAAAACACUUGUGGAAUUGCACACAUUUUAGGCAUACUACUGGGCCCAGUUGUUCGAAGGCAGAUUAGCGCUUAACCCGAGGUUAAAGUUAACCCGGGUUUCUUUUUCUUGUGUUAAAAAGCAUUUUCUCGGAUAAUUUUCUCUGUCACUUUUAAAGCUUUCAAUAACCAACAAAAAGAAUUAAAACUGAACUGAUUUUUAAACUUUCAUAUCUGAAUUCAUUUCGAGCAACAACAAUUUGCUUUCCCUGACUCGUCCAAAGUCGUCUCUCUCUCUGCCUCUCCUUAGUGGCGCGAGGGGUGAUGGGAAGAAAGAAAGCGUGGGAGAGAGAGUCUUCCCCUCUUUUCCCUUCUUCCCAUCACCCCCUACUCCCGCGCGCGCGUUACGCGAAGACGACUGGGGACGAGUCAGCGUCUGUCCUCUUUGAAUUGAUGUUUGGUAAUCUCUUCAUUUACCUGAGUGUCAGGCGUUUUUAGUGGAAAGGGGAAUGAGAGAAGCAAAAAAAAAAAGAAAGGAGGGCGGGGGACAGCAGAGGGUCCUCAGCUCUCUCUCCCCAAACCCUCUUCAACUCUUAAAUCUCUUAGACUAUCUUUUCAUCCACCCAGGUGUGCAAGGAUCUGGACGUAAAGGCCAUCAUGGAUACGUGGAUCAAACAGAAGGGAUACCCUGUGGUAUAUAUUGAAGAAAGCAAUGCACAGUCCAGGGACGGCUCAAUAAAGAUGAUUGCCAGUCAGAAACGAUUUUUGAGAGAUAUUAAACAGGGAACCCAAAAAUAUCACGAUGAGGCUAAGGGGUGGGUAACAAGAUUUAUGUUAAGGUUUAUCGUAAUUUCUUGUUUAGCCUUGAAAUUGAAUAACUGCCAUUGUAUUACCUGGUGGUCCUUCGUUUUCGAUGAAGAAAUUGUUUGAAGAGAUAACUGAUUUAGAUCAAGCUCCUGGUGUAGACUCUAAGAGUCACAUGUAUGGUGCUAGCUAACUCGACUAUUUCAAUUUUUUUUUUCAGUUACAACUGGCAAAUUCCACUGACAUAUGUGACGUCUCAAAACCCUCAAAAAACGCAUACAGUGUGGAUGAAAGACUCUCAUGGUAAGAAGAAGUAUUCGAAUGCCAGUAUGCCACUCGGCUCUAAGCUGGCGAUGCUUGUAGAGUGGAAUCAACCUCGUCUUCAGGUCUCGCUCCUCCCAUUCCCUAAGGAAAAAUCCCUGGGAAUGAGGGAGCAGUGGAACCGCUGCUCCUAAAAGCAGACGCUUGAAACUGUCCCAACCGUAUUGGCCAUCUGUGAAGUGGCGAAUGAGACUGGGUCAGAUUGUUGUGUCGAAUUGAAUUAUGGUACUGUUUUGGGUGAAAAAUUUUGACUUAGUUUCCUGGGCAUCCUUGUAAUUUCGCAUUCCGCAAACUAUAAGGGGAAUGGGUACAAUCUUUCAGUGCAACGAUUUCUUGGAUCGUAUGGGUGGACAAGCGUUAGUUAUGAUUGGUCGAUGGUAUUCAAGGCAACCAUUAACCAAUCAUAAUUGGUGGACAAGCGUUACUUAUGAUUGGUUAAUGGUUGCCUUGAAUACCAUCGACCAAUCGUAACUAACCCUUGUCCUCCGAAACGAUCCCAGAAAUCACUGCACCAAAAGGUUGUGCCCAUUCUCCCUAGAGUUUCUGAAGUGGGUAAUAGCCAUCAAAAAAGGCCGAAUGGCAUCCCUAAAACAGGCCCACAGUGCAAUUCGAGACUAAACUGACUUAGUUUCAAGGGCAAUAUCAAAAAAUGGUCUUUUAAAAAACACUGUAUUUUCAACUUUUCUAGGCCAAAAACGUUCUUUCAACUGGUCUAAAAUGAGUACUCCUACGGAAAUUUUCUUUGUAUUUCGCUGUUCACUGAACUGUUUACUUUUAUUGCUAAAAGACUGAGAUAGAAUACUGACCAUUUAGACGAGAGAACUAAUAAUUCUGUUAAGAAAUACAAGUGGAUCUCAGUGCGGUGGGAAAGCCUCAUAAAACUUAUUGGCUGUCGUUCAACGUACUGCAUUAUUUCCACUCUUUCUAAGUCUUUCCAGCUGAUUUGAAUAUGACGGCAUUGUAGCGGCUCAUUCUCCCAACAAGUCACAUUAUUUUGAUGACUAAUGAUAACGCGCGAGACUUUCGACCAGAUACCGUUGAUGUAAAUGAUGAGAAUCCUGGGAUACCACUCCUGGGAAUGAGAUCGAAAAACGGAAGCCUGGAAGUAAUGGCUGUUGUUAAAAGAGCCAGGAUUAGUACCAGGGUCAGCGCAGUCCGUUUUUACGCCGCCCUUGACCUCUGUGCGAGGUGUUCCCAGCCCGAUUCCCAGGCGUGACCUCAAAUCCUUGUUAAAACUUCUUUAUAAACGACCUUUAAUAUAAACAGAAAACUGCAUGAUGGAAAAAGGGGGUUAAAAAUGAGCGCACUUUCGGCCUCAGGUCUGUCAGUUUAAGUACGAGAAAUCGUUAUUAAAAUCGUUAAUGCAAAUUUAGUAAGACAUGAAAUUAAAAAAAGAAAGAAAUAGUAAGUAGGUUGCGUUGUCAAGCAAGCAAUUCCUAAUCCAUUUCAACAGCUACAGUCUCAACGGGCAAGAAAAAAUACAGUUGGAUCAAGGCGAACGUUGGUCAGACAGGACUUUAUCGUGUGAACUACAACAAAAAGAACUGGGGAAAGCUUGUUAAGCAACUUAAUCGCAACCACAAGGUAUGCUAGCUUACGUUAUUUUCCUAUUCUUUCACGUGGGCCAUUAGGGAUCAGAAACCUCCUCGUUCUGGUCCACGUGACAUGGUUACAACAGAAUAGCCCACAUUCGAUAUAUUAAAAUUCUAACAUGGCUCCGAGAUGAUGAUGAUGAUGAUGAUGAUGAUGAUGAUGAUGAUUAUUAUUCUAUCAUCUUUAGAUUCUUUCAUCUGUGGAUAGAAGUGGAUUGAUUGACGACGCCUUCAACUUAGCGAGGUAGGAUACCAGAAUAACUAGUAAGCUUUUAUCAGAAUGGGAAUACAAAAUAUGGAAGACUGGUUUUGCAGUCUAUAUUAGCGAAUUGUUCUGCGUACUCAUGGAAACCUGACGUCGAUUUUUGUCUUAAAAUUGUUUUGCCCGAGGAAGCAAAAGAAUCGCUUAUUUGACAGCGAAACUUUUUGUAUAAAACGGCGACUCCCAACUCCUGCUGGUGUAUCCAAGACACAAAUAUAAACAUUAAUAAUAAAACAGCAAAGACUAAAGCGACUCUAGGUUUCCUGAUAUUUCGGACGGAGCCAUAUUAUUUGAAUUGUAACGACUUUCCGUUUCUUCAUUUAAUCCCCUGAAGAAGGAAGGCUUGUCCGUCCGAAAUAUUGGGAAACCUCAAGUCGCUUCUGCCUUUGCUGUUACGGUGGCCGCGACCUACCAAAGGCCUGGGAAUAACUUAGGUGAUGUCAUGAAUUCACGCCAUUGAUCGAAUGACAAGCUACAUCAUGUGACAUAUGCUAAGCAAUACUGUACACACGUACUCUUACUUUCACAGAGCUGGACAACUGGACAUGUCCACCGCACUGAGUCUGACAGCUUACCUCGAGAAGGAAAGGGAGUAUAUCCCAUGGUCUACUGCACUAGGUCACUUAGGAUUCAUUGGCUCCAUGCUGAGCAUGCGCUCAUCUUAUGGGGAUUACGAGGUAAAUUUUCUGGACAGAGGAAGAGCUAAGCAGAGAAGUCUACCUCGGUUUUACGUCUUUGGCCUUUUUUGUUUUGUUUGCCUGGAUUUCACUUGCCGUGCAGUAGGUGGAACAUGGGAAAAGAUGUACACAAUAAUUAAUCAACGUAACUAUCUUUUCAUUGUUCGCAGAGUGUUGAGAUUCCUUUCGUUCUUUUCGCGCCCGAAAAAUGGGAAAUGGCACCGACACCAGUUUUGUUUUCAAGCACUUACAGUUUUGUUGGUAAACGUUCCAAAAUUUUAGUAAACUAACAACGAAUUGUAACAUUUUGAAUUUAGUUUUGGAAGCAGGGACCAACAUUACAAAAAAGAAGAACCGGAUACUAACAGGAAACCGUAUCCUAAUAUAUUGACAACGGAAGGAAACAAGGCUGAUUCACUCUUGGGAUUACAAUUACUUUUUGCCAAUAUAUUGGCUUUUCUUCUUCUUGUUAAUAUUUUGAACUUUUAACAGUGACAAAAACACCUUAACUUUGAAGUACUUUGACUAGACCUUGCAAAUUUCUCUCCUUUGACCACGGUGAAGUAGAGAAGACUACUAAACCACAAGUCCAUGUUAUGGUAUAUCAUCACCCAAAUGUUUUCCCCAAAUGAGUUCUUGAUGUUGACAUCGGGUUAGAGGAGGGGUAGGUGAGUAGUUGCCAAGAAUGUUAUACUGCAGACUGCCCACCUAUCCCUCCCCUAACCCAAAAUUUAUUAUGCCCUAAGUGAGACAUUGGUGUCAAUGUUAGGUUAUGCUGAUUCAAACCAAUCCCGAUCAUAAUGCUCUAGUAGAGGUGUUAUUCAUUAAGUCAUCGGCAAGGAAUAGUAAAAGCUUUUUGCACUGGUAACCUGUAAUGAGAAAUUUUGCUUCUUUUACAUAUGCGCAGAAAUAUAUCGUGAAAAAAGUGAAGCCACUUGAAAAAUACGUCGGAUGGGGGAGUGAAGGAGACAUCUUGAAAAUGUGAGUGGCUGUGCUUUUCUUUAUCUUGGGUACAACCUGUAGAACUGUUUUAAUGUUGCACGUUUAAUUUAAGGUCGCGUUCAUGAAUUGAGUGUCAUGAAACCAAAACAGGACUGACCAAUCAAAGAAGACUUAAAAACGAAUAAUCCAAUCAGCGAUCAAAGUGAUAUGUGAAGCGGCGCAUAACGUGGGAAACUCAUGCGAAUACGUGUUAAAAGGCUUUGCACUGAACUCUGAUUAGUUAAGACUAGAGGAACACGAGAUAGCCAAUCACAAACCACUACAAUGGUAAACCAAAGCAAUUCUACUACCUUCUUUGCUUCAGGUAUCUUCGAAAUAACGUGCUGUCGACUCUAGCCAGCCAUGGGGAUGAACACGCAGUAAACUACAGUUUGACUGGUUUCAGAAUAUGGAUGCGCAAUCAAAGGUUAAUAACUAAAUGUCAGACACUUUAACCCCUAUUUUCCUCUUUUCCAGGUCUUUGCUUAAAAGGUCAAACCCUGGCCAAUAUAUAUCCUUAUGCGUAUCAACUCUGUUUUGAAAAAAGAGAUUGCUUUAAUUCAAUCGAUGAGAAGACAUUCUUAUCAUUUUGUUGACAAAAAACUUUCUUGCUUUACGCCACUUGUUCUACGAGGACGAGUUGUGAAUGGAACUUUUGCCGUGACUUCAGACGGAGCGUGUAGGUGUGUUCUGCAAAUGGGAAAACCAAGUCCGACAUACGUAGGUUCAAAGCCAUAGCUACUUCCCCUUCAGCUAAGUCACCGUUUGUGAUUUUCGUUAAUACCAUUUUUUUGGUAGCAGAGUGAACUGCGCAUUACAUGCGCAAUUACCGCAAACUUAUCAGUAAUCGAGACUGUUUUUUUUUUUCUCAUUACAGCCUUACGAUUUCUCCUCACAUACGGGGUAUUGUAUAUAACACUGCCAUCAAAUAUGGUGGACUAGAGGAGUGGGAGUUUCUGUGGAACAAGUAUCUUAAGACUAUUGACGCAACGGAGAAGUCCCGGAUGCUUUAUGCGCUUUCAGGCUCCAAAGAACCGUGGCUUUUAAGCAGGUUUGUUUUCUCUACAGUUUUCAAUGUUUAAUAAUUCUGUUUCUUGUCUUCUAAUAAAGACAUAAGCUUGAGGAAAAAGCGUUCUUUUUGUAUACUGUAUUUACUAGUUAGCACCGUUGCGCUUAUUUAAGUUUGCGCGUCUCAAAUGCGACACUUAUUCAAGGUUGCGCUUAUUUGAGCGCGGCAUUUAUUUGAAAGUUGGCGCGACAAAGAAUUGUCUUUACUUUAUAGAAAGGUAUUUCCGUGUUAAACUGACAGAAUUAACGUCUUUUGAUUUUCUAUCGCGGAUGUGGUGCUUAAUCGGGGCGCUGCGUUUAUUCUAGUUGAUACGGUAAGUAUUGGUUGUUAAGAUUUAAUAACAAGUUUAUUUGUGAUUACUUUUUGAUGUUAUCAGACUUUUAGAGUAUUCACUUGAUGACUCCAAGAUUAGGACACAAGAUAUGCUUCACGCCAUCUCAGGAGUUGGAUCACAUAUCUACGGCCGUCUGCUCACCUGGGACUUCAUAAGAAAGAACUUCGACAAGAUCGUUAAAAAGUAAGCGAAUUCUAUUGUCAAUGAGACAUUAAACCUUUUAGUAUUUAUAAAAGAAAGCCAGUACGUGCAAAAGAAGUAGGUUUUUGGCGUUGCGGGUGGGUGCCAAUCACUAAAUGACGUCAUACAAAAGAAUGAAAAGACACUGAGCAAUACUCACACCACAACACAAAAGCUAGCCUGCGUAGCAAGCGUUUCCGCGCCAGUUUGUCGAGAAAGUUGGGACGAGAGUAAAAGAAAGGAAUGACGGGGGAGGGGGAGGGGAACGAAGGAAACGAGGUUUCCUCUUCUCCCAUCCCCCCUCCCCCUUCCACCUUUUUUUGCUCUCGUUCUAACUUUCGUGCAAUAACUCGAUUGGAAACGCUUGCUAUGCAGGCUACACAAAAGCGAACCAACAAUGGUUUCCGCGACACCAAGAAACACCCAAAUGAAGUUUAUGUAACUGUUUGCAUUCUUAUCUAGAGUGGGCAAGGACGCCAUGGAAAUCAGUUACUUGGUAGGCAUUGCCACCCGAGGAUUCAACUCUGAGUUUCAACUUAAAGAGGUACGCUGGGGGAUGGGGGAGAGUUGUCAUAAACGAGAUUGUGCGAUGCAAAAAACAGGCCCCAGUUGUUCAAAAGGUGGUUAACGCUAUCUACUGGAUAAAUCGCUAUCCACCUGGAUAGCGCAAUUGUUUGUCCUAGUUCUUAUCCGCUGGAUAGUGAUUUAUCUGAGGGCCUCUUCCAGGCGUUCAGAUAGUAGAGUGCGGGAGAGUUCAAAUAGGAGAGCGCGGGCGAAAUUAGCUCGCUCACCACCAUCUGAACGCGGCUCUCUACUAUCAGAACGCCUGGAACAGUCUAUUUAUACGGUGGAUAGCGCUAUCCAUUGUUUGAACAUCCGAGGCCAGGAUAAUACUUGUGUGACUAAUCUAUAAUCUGGGUGCUAUUGCCGUACAAUUUCCGGCGGUGUUUUAAUCUACCAAACAGGCAUUACUUUUUCGCAUUUUAAGGCAGGAAACCUCGAGGCGAGUGAGACACGCAUGACUUGCCUCCAACCGCCUAAAAAACGCGGAAAAAAACAAACAAACAAACAAACAAACGAAAAAAACAAAAAAGAAAAAAAAACAUCUGUUCUGCAGGCUAGCGCGCGUUUAUGAUCACCAUUUAAACAGUACGUGUAUCCUGCGUGGGAUAUAUUUCAGCCCUAAAUUGUUGCUUAGAAUGAGCUAAAAAUGCUUUCUCUGCGUCUGUAUUCUAACCAAGCUCGUGAUGCAUAAACCCUUUGGUAAACCAGUGUGUCGUUGUCCAAGUUUGAGGUAAACAAAACUAAGUCUAUUUUCUUUCGGAGCUAAUAAUUGCUAUAUAAUAAGUGACUGCGUGGAAAAACAUAACUGGCAAUGGGCUAACCGCUACGAAUUAUAUGUAGCUUUUAAUUUUAAACUGGACAUGCUGCACGAAACACCCUCGUGAGAUACUUAUACCAAUCCAUUAUCAGUGUUCCUGAUUUAGUAAAACUACUUGAUUUCUUCUCGGUAGGUUAAUAACUUCAUUGACCAGCAUAAAGACGUCUUAAGCCAGCUGCGCGCCACUAAGAAGGCCGUGGAAUAUAUUCGAGGUUGCAUCAACUGGAUGACGGAUCAUGGCAAACAAGUGGAGGACUGGCUAAAAGCACAAGUGGCUGAAAUAGAAUCACUCAGCAGUAGAUUAGAGGACCUUUAAACAUGACUUCCAAGAAUUCUCAAAAUCAAAUUAUUAUAUCAACAUUGUAUGACAAGAUACAAAAAUAUUCGUUCAAGAAGUUUUUAUCUGAAUCGGCACGGGACAUUUGCAGUUAGUGAAGAAUUGAUAUCGAUCCGUUGAUAGUUGUCUAAGUUGCCAUCAUGCAGAAUGACAU